ACCCGCGAGAUUUCCAUUAAAUCCCGGCAGGUAGUGUGGUGCUUGUUGUACAGCUAGCACAUGAUGGGGUCCCACGUAGCAGAGCAGUUUUGUGAAAUUGAUAGGCUUCGUGCUCAGCUGAUGAAUAAUGUCGACGUCACGACAGCGGGUCGCAGUGAAGUAGAAGUCAGCCACAGGGAGAUUCUGACCCGCAUCGAAAGUGUGAUCUUUGGAAUAGUGACCAGUCUGUCCAGAGAGGAAGUUCCCGUCCUGGCACUGCCCAACAGAACCAGCUGGGCCAACGUCAGUUUUGACAGUGGCGUCGGGCUUCACAUGAUUUCAGGAAGUUCUGUCAUCAACAUCAGGUGCGACUGUCCUUCGUCUGUCACUAAAUUUGCACAAAUAGUCAACAUUCUCUCCGUUAUCUACAGACUUGUGCAGAGCAACAUGUAUGCUACAAAAAGAGACAUUUAUUACAAGAAUACGCAGCUGUUUGGUUCACAGACCACCGUCGAUAGUAUAGUGGACGAUAUCUCCUGCCUUCUAAAGGUUCCUCGCAGAUCCCUGCACGUGCUGGCUACGUCCAAGGGCUUGAUCUCAGGCGAGCUGUGUUACUUAGAGGAGGACGGGACAAGAGUGGACUGCCGUGGUUGUUCAAAUGCUGUUGCAGUUUCUUCAAACAUUGCUGGGAUUAGAAAUAUUGUAUCAUCUGCUAAAUUUGUCCUGAUAGUUGAGAAGGACGCGACGUUCCAGAGACUCCUGGAUUGUGAUUUCUGCUCGCAGCUCUUCCCCUGCAUCAUGGUCACGGGUAAAGGUGUGCCAGAUGUGAACAGCAGGCUAAUGGUGAGGAAGCUUUGGGACAUGCUGCGCAUCCCCAUCUUUGCUCUGGUGGAUGCUGAUCCUCAUGGCAUUGAGAUCAUGUGCAUUUACAAGUACGGAUCAGUGGCCAUGUCGUUUGAGGCCCACAGUCUGACCGUCCCCAGCGUUAUGUGGCUGGGCCUCCUCCCCUCCGACAUCCAGAGGAUGCAGGUUCCCAAAGACGCCCUGAUCCAACUCACCAAGAGAGAUGAAAGCAAACUCAGCAGCCUCCUCAAACGACCCUACAUCAGCAGCCAACCAGACUGGAGGACAGAGAUGGAACUGAUGCAGAAGGUCAUGGUCAAGGCUGAACUGCAGUCGUUGGAUGCCAUAGCUCCAGAUUUCCUCACCAGCAUCUACCUGCCCAACAAGCUGCGUUAUGGAGGUUGGAUAUGAGCACAAGGCUGCCACCUAGUGCCUCACAGCGUGAACCGCUGCGUCUCAGCCUCCUUCUGUUUUUGCCUCAUUUGCCUUCAGCAGAUGUUUAAACCUGCUGUUCAAACGCACAUUAAACACAUUUUGUUAUGCCAGA